GGCUCAACGGACCGUGCAAGUGGCUCUCGGCCGACCGCAGGAUGAAGGAGGGAAAGAGCGAGCGGGAGCGAAGCGGCCGACGGCGACACCGGGCAGACGACGCGCUGGCGACCGUGGUGGUGAAGCAGGAACGUCUGAGCCCCGAACCUGUCGCGCACCGCCGACCCGACGCCCCAGCCGCUAACCCGUCCCCGCCCGCCGCUGAGCCAGGCCGCGGCGGCCACCGCGGGAGUCGAGGCCGGGGAGCGAGCCGGUCCCCAGCCAAAAAGAAAAACAAGUCCUCAGGGAGAAGAAGCAAGUCUCCACGGACUAAGAGAAGCCGGAGUCCCCACUACGCCACGGUUAAAGUGAAGCAGGAACGUGAGGACCAUCCACGGAGAGGACGAGAGGAUCGACAGCACCGGGAGCCAUCAGAACAGGAACAAAGGAGAGCUCGUAACAGUGAGCGAGACCGGCACCGGGGCCAUUCCCGCCAAAGGAGGAGCUCUGGUGAGAGGCCUGUCAGUGGGCAGGGUCGGGACCGAGACAGCCAGAUUCUGCAGGCCCAGGAAGAAGAGAGGGACUUUCAUAAUGCCAGGCGCCGGGAGCAUCGCCAGCAGAAUGAAGGUGCUGGCAGUGAGGCUCAGGAGGUGAUGCCUCGCCCUGCUGGUAACAGGAGCAAAGAGGUGCCUGUUAAAGAAAAACCAAGCUUUGAACUUUCUGGGGCACUUCUUGAGGACACCAAUACCUUCCGGGGUGUGGUUAUUAAGUACAGUGAGCCCCCAGAAGCCCGGAUCCCCAAAAAACGGUGGCGUCUCUACCCCUUUAAAAAUGAUGAGGUACUUCCAGUCAUGUACAUCCAUCGGCAGAGUGCUUACCUUCUGGGUCGACAUCGCCGCAUCGCCGACAUUCCCAUCGACCAUCCCUCUUGCUCCAAGCAGCAUGCAGUCUUUCAGUACCGGCUUGUGGAGUACACGCGUGCUGAUGGCACAGUUGGUCGGAGGGUGAAACCCUACAUCAUUGACCUCGGCUCAGGCAAUGGAACCUUCUUGAACAACAAGCGUAUUGAGCCACAGAGAUACUACGAACUGAAAGAAAAAGAUGUCCUUAAAUUUGGGUUCAGUAGCAGAGAAUAUGUCUUGCUCCAUGAGUCUUCAGACACCUCUGAACUAGACCGGAAGGAAGAUGAGGAUGACGAGGAGGAGGAAAUGGUGUCUGACAGCUAGCAACUGAGAAGCACCCCACUAUUAGAAACUGUUCCUGCUGGAGGCCAUGGGCUUGACUCUCCAGUGCCUCUUCUUGCCUUAAGUCUUUCCUCUGUUGCUGCCCAGCUUGUGUUGCAGUAUGAGAACUCUCACUUCGUGUUUUGUUGAACUUGGCACAGCAGCUGCCUGCCUGUGGGCGCUUGUUUUCAGAACAGUCUCACCAAUUACAGCAUGGCGAGUUUUGGUCAAAGUGUGUGGCUGGAGUGGGUGCCUUCAGAACCGCUGCACAGGAAACCAAGCCCUUGGACAGGGGAUUGUGGCUUGUUCUCUUUGUACAGUUUCUUAUUUAUAUGUCGUUGAGCUUUGUGGACCAGGGGUUUUGUUUUGGGGACAAAUCCUAGAGCAGAGAAUCUCAGUAAGCUUUGGUUGUCACCAAAACAACCUCCAGCAUAUACCAAAGCUUUGACCUGGAUCAGCUCUUGAGUCAUAGAGGUUGAUUUUACACUUCGUUUUUUGGAAGUGACAGUUUACCACAUGACCUCAUUAUUGACCGUCUAAGCUAAACAGAAACUUGCAACGCCUGUAUAGACAUGACUGCGUGGGGAGGUCAUGGCUUCUACCGUCGGGUGCCCGUGUCUCUAUCCUGCACUGGGUUGUGGAGCUGCGUCCUGAGAGGGUUCCGAUUUCCCCGGGAAACAGACAUAACCAGUUUUUGAGGCAGGGUUUCUCUAACAACCCUAGCUGUCCUGGAACUAGGAACUCCCAGAGAUCCGCCUGCCUCUGCCAGCAUUAAAGCUGAGGUGUACGCCACCACCGCUCGGCAGCAUAACCGUUUGAUCAUCUGUUCUUUUUCUUCAGCUUUGCAUUUUUAUUCAAAUGUUAUCUCCUCUCUUUGAGAAACACCCUGACAUUGACUUUGUAGCAGGGCCUUGCUGUGGCCUCAGGUCGUGUGUGUGUGUGUGUGUGUGUGUGUCUAAAGGAGCUUGUGUAGCUUCCACAUCUCGGUUCCAUCUUUGACAUAGGUUUGUAUUUACUUCCCAAGGGUGGAAAGCAAGGACAGCCCAGCUUCUGAACUUCCCACCUGCAGUCUGUGUAAGUAGAAGGGAGUUCAUUACUUACAGUACGUGUGCCUGUAAAUGGUGUGUUUCAGAGCUAUGUGCUGAUUUUCAUAUGACAGUGUUUGUGAUAGAGAUAAUACCACAUGAUAGGCAAAGGCCUGUCGCAUUUGGAGAGCGGCUUUUCAUUUAUAUGUAUUUUUGAGAUAAAAAAUAAAAUUUGUAAAUAUAGCCCCA